CCCAUCCUAACAAAUCUAUCACGUGAGUGUUCGCCCUAUCAAUUCGAGAUGUCUGAAGUCGCCACCGAAGCCGCUGCAGCAGCUCCUGCUGCCUCCCCAGCCAAGACCAAGAAACCAAGGGCACCGAAGGGAGAAGGCAAGCCCAAGAAGCCAUCGACUCAUCCCCCGGUGAACGAUAUGGUUGUUUCCGCCAUCAAGACCCUGAAGGAACGCAAUGGAUCGUCCCUGCAGGCGAUCAAAAAGUAUAUCGCUGCCAACUACAAAUGCGAUGUCGCCAAGCUUGCUCCAUUCCUCAAGAAGGCCUUGAAGAACGGUGUCGAGAAGGGCACGUUUGUUCAAACCAAGGGAACUGGGGCCUCUGGAUCGUUCAAGUUGAAGGCCGAAGCUAAAAAGGCUGCCGCAGAGAAGAAACCGAAAAAGGCCGGUGAGAAGAAACCAAAGGCUGCCGGAGCGAAGACAAAGAAGGCAACCAAGAAGCCAGCCGGCGAGAAGAAAGCCAAGAAGCCAGCUGGUGAGAAGAAAGCCAAGAAACCUGCUGCGGCGAAAAAGGCCAAGGCAGCUGGUGCCAAAGCAGCCAAGAAAGCGGGAGGCGUAAAGAAGGCCGCUGCUCCCAAGCAGAAAGCCACCAAGCCAUCCAAGACCGCGGCCAAGAAGCCAAACCCUGAAGCCGAAAAAGGCUGCCCCAGCCAAAAAGCUGCCCCAAAGAAAGCCGCCGCCAAGAAGUAAAGUUCCAACUUUCGGUAGCAUCGUUUGCCGUACUGCACACCAGUGCACUACCAUACACACCCAAUCAGUCCUUUUCAGGGCUACCAA